ACUAUACGUCAUUUUUUUGGUAGGCUAUGGGGCAUAGCGGCGACUGUAUUUCGCUAAAUAUAAUUAAAAGUACUGAGUGACCAAUAGUUUUAGCAUUAUCAAAGUAGUGUUUAGUUAAUGAAGUGUGCUAUUACAAUGUCUUAUUCUAAUAAAUAUACUUGGGCGGCUCUGCCGAGGACAGCGAGAGGCACACCUUUAGUAUUAGGCGGUGAUCCGAAAGGCAAAAACUUCCUGUAUACUAACGGCAAUUCCGUUAUCAUAAGAGAUAUUGAGAACCCCGAGAUCUCUGAUACAUACACGGAACAUUCGUGCCAAGUUAAUGUCGCUAAAUACUCUCCAAGCGGUUUUUACAUUUCUUCUGGAGAUGUAUCCGGCAAGAUCAGGAUCUGGGAUACGGUGAACAAGGAGCAUAUCCUCAAGAAUGAGUUCCAGCCGAUCGGCGGGCCGAUCAAGGACAUCGCUUGGAGUGCCGACAAUCAGCGCAUGGUCGCCGUCGGCGAAGGCAGAGAACGAUUCGGUCACGUGUUUAUGUCCGAGACCGGCACGUCUGUCGGUGAGAUCAGCGGCCAGUCCAAGCCCAUCAACUCAGUGGACUUCAAGCCGACGAGGCCAUUCCGCAUCGUCACUGCCUCGGAGGACAACACCCUGGCCGUCUUCGAGGGACCGCCCUUCAAGUUCAAGUGCACUAAACAGGAGCACACGAGGUUCGCGCAGGCGGUCCGCUACAGUCCUGACGGCAGUCUGUUUGCUUCAGCCGGCUUCGAUGGGAAGAUAUUCUUAUUUGACGGUGCCACAUCAGAGCUUAAGGGGGAGGUCUGUACAUUAUUAUUAUUAUUAUUUGCCUACUGAUG